AUGAGGUGGGCACACCUGGGGCAGCGCAUCGGAUCACAUCACCCCUCUCCGCAACUGGGCUCCUUGGUUGAGGUCUGCAGCGCAGUCGCACAGGCCCUGCUGGGGAGAGAUGUCGGGGUGACAGGCACCCUUAUCCAAGAUCGGUGCUCGGAGCAGUCGUGCUUGGUGGAGUUCGAACAGGUUGCUCACCUUGUUCCGUAUGCCGGCAUCACUAAAGUCGGCACCACUCCCUGCACACACUUCCCUAGACUCUCCGCUGCGGACCUCGCGGUGAUAUACUACCGUGGGCAGACAGCGAUGGUUCCGGUCUUCUCCGCUAUGCAUCGCGCCUCGCAGCGCUGGGGCCUAGGCCAUCUUCAACAGGCUGACGCCCGCACCCUAUUCGAUUUCUUUCAGGCCCACCACUAUGAAUUAGGCUCUUUCGUUGAUCUGCACACGACCACGGUCUGUGCGGGCUCCACGGGCUCAGUUGACAUUUUGAUUGUGGAUCACGCUGGCACCUUUACGGAGGUCGGGGAAGACGCACUCCAACGCCUAACGGCUGGCACGACUCGUCCCACGGGGCCGUUACUGGUCGCCUCUCCCACCCAUUGCUGGGGAAUCUUGGCGGCGCUGGAGCUACACUCCACUCUGUACGACACCCUGCUGACUUACCCAGCCUUCUAUGAUGCUUAUGGCGCUCCACGAUUGAACGGCCCGAGCGUACCCUGCGAAGACCAAACCAUCGAGGUUGAGUUCUAUCAAAAAUGGUCGGUGAAUAUACCACCGAACCACGCGGACGCAUGUGCGGUCCUUGUCUGGGCACGCACGUCAGAUACCCUGCCCGCUCAGCUGCUAUUGCGCCAGCCGGAUCAAUGGGUCAAACGACGACCUUUUUUGCCCGUCCUUCAAACGGAGGAUCCUAUUAUGGCAACAUUGGAACGCAAAAACGGCAAUUGGGAGUGGCGCAUUUACCGCCCUUGGCCGCAUGUUGGGGAGCACUCACCGCCUAAGCGAGCGUACGGCGCUUUGCUUCGGCACCACAAUCGCACCCUAAUUGGAGUCGCGAGCACAACUACUGACGCCACAUCCGCUACCUCGCGGACGGGAGAGAAUCCCGCCUUUGUUGCACCCUUGCCGGGCCUGUUCUACCUAUGCACUAUUGCGUCAGAGCAUGCCGCCUUCCAACUGCGUCAGGGGCUGCAACAGAGGGCUUAUCAUGAGUCUGCUCUUUUUGCAGGCGAGAAUAUUGCCGUCGUCCACACUGACAAAUUGACUAUGGCAUCAUCGGCGACCUAUGACCCGAAAUUGGGGCGCGCUAUACCCCACCGGCUGCACGCGCCACGCGAGCCGGACCUGGUGGCCGAAAUACGCACCAUUGGAUGCACUACUGACACCGCUCCUCCACAGGUGAACUGGGAAGAGGAAAUUACCACUCUUCUAAACGAGCUCCGACACCCGCUCGCGCCUAUAUACCCUUCGCUACCAGGACUCGCGGCACGUCAGGCUCCACCGGACAAUGUGGAUGAGUACGCCGAGCAGCGAAUGCUCCUCCAGAACUGGUUGGAGAGUUCGAGUAGGUGCCAGAGUGAAAUCACCGCACCGGCGGCCAGCGCAGCCCUUGAUGAAUUCCUCCCAUCCGAGAGGGACUGCAUCACGCUGCUUAGUCUCCCACAAUACCUGCAGUCUGGCGAAGUUCGCCUCAACAAAAGCAAUUUUGGGGCACAAAUUAUCGACUUCGCGGACAGGGCCCUCCGUAUACGGGCUUGUACUCAGGAGGAAGCUUGGAGGCUCACGAUUAUGCCAGUGGUUGCCAUGGCGUGCGCGCUAGCACAGUUCUGCUCGCCAGUACAAUCAUUGAGUGAGCGCCAGGCAGUUGACCUCUCCUGGUACGCCCUUGCCAACCCUCGGAUUUGGCUCUGGCUCUUAUUGGAUGAGUUCGCAGCUCUUGAGCCAACGGCAGCUACACUUAACACUGCCACACGCUCCGAAGUCAGGGAUGGUAGCCUCAUAGUCACGGCUUUGUCUGGGACCCAGGCAGCGACCCAGAGCCGCCUUCGCCUGCAGUUCCCCAAUAUCAGUGUGGCAUCCAUUAAUCGCGUUGAGCUGCCCCAGGGCUUUUUCUUGGAGGUUCGCCUUGAUACAAGCUUCCUGAGCUCCCAGCUUUGCCCAUUACAAUCAGAGGUAGGGAGGCGCAUCGUUGAGGCAUUCGAGCAGGGACGGGUACUCAUGCAGUCCCCUCCCUUUAAUCCUUCGAUUUUUACCCACCCAGCCAACUAUUCGGGCAGGCUGCGGGUCUUCCUGCCAGUGGAACCACGUGCUCUGGGUUUGGAACCUACCUCUCUGGUCCCGAUCCAGCCUUCGGGCCUGCUGGCUAGCGCGUUGGCGCGCCUUCGAGCCAGGACCACGGCGGGUGCUGGUUUCGACGUCCCGCGGAUUUGUGCCAUGUGCCUCCGUGCGCCAAGACCGCAAGGUUUGUAUUAUCCUAUGCGGUUCCAUCGAUUGGGAGGUUACACGCUCACAGGCCGCAUGGCUGCGCUAGUGGCCAACAACUUGCGCAGUCUACCGAAUGAUCACCAUGAAGCUGACGCUAUUCGCCUGGGCGCCACUCUUGCCCCGGGCUCUUGGCAAGAGCUCCAUCGACGAUUCCUAGAGGAGGGUGGGCUGCAUCCUGGUUUAGAUGCGAAUGUUCAUUUCCUGUCUAAAGACAUUUGCCCGGACCUGUUUGAGCGCAAGAACACACCUUUUUACACUGAUCGCCAGCUCAGGCGGCUGUAUCCCGGCUACAAUGUGAGCACAAUGCUCAUGCUUAAUGAUGAGCAUAUGGAGGACCCCAACCAGGCAUGGGCCCGCUACCUUGACCGAUAUGUGCCGACGCCCGAUGCGGAAGAGCCGCCGCAUAGGGCUGCUCGACACUUUUAG